UGCGACUGGGACGCCGAACAUUCUCCCUGCGGAAUGUACAUUGAAGGUACUUCCAGAGACGUCAUCUCCCAUCUCCGAGAACGUCAUGGUAUCGUGCAAAAAGCCGAUGAAGACCUCAAGUGCCUUUGGAGUUCGUGUUCGGUGGGCAGACCUUUGAAGAUGGGUAGUAUUGCGAGGCAUGUCUCGAGGCACCUGGGUAUCCAGUUCAGGUGCUCACGAUGU